GACGCGUUUGCAAGAUGGCCCAUCUGCUGCUCCUCAUUGGCAGAGUAGAAGGUCGAUGAAUGCAGCGACAGCUGCGAAAUGCAACAAGGCAAGACAACUCGCAAGCACCCCCCCAUCCACUAUGCAAAUGGCAUUCAUCAUCAUGUCAUGAAUCCUGCAUGGUCAUCCCACCAUCACCAAACUAAGCCACUCACACUUACCUGUAUGCCUCACAUUCGCACCUCGUUUCAACAGUUCCCGAACACACGCAACGUGAUUGUAUUUAGCAGCUUCGAUGAUCGGCGUCCGGCCUACAGCGUCCUGCCACUCCAUCUCCUUUCGAAAAGCCAUAUUGCCACGUUUUUCAGCGUCGUCGAGAGCUCGACGGAGGGUGGCGAGGUCCCCACUGUUGGCUGCCUGCCAUACCGAUGACAUUGGAAUAUAGGGCACGAUGCGUCUUUUUCGGUUUCUUUG